AUGUGCUUUUUCUAUUUGGUACCAGAACGCAGUUUGGUGCUGGAACUGCAACGAAUCAAGCGGUACGCGGUUGCCGGCAGCAACGUCGCCGAGACGGGCCGAGGCGGUCUGCAUGGCAAAGCGUCUGGCGGCCCGACGAGCGGGCAGUCGGGCAAGCAGCCCAUCGGUCAUUUGGAAGAGCACAUUCGCGGCCUCGAGGAGGACCGUGACUAUUGGCGAAAUCAGGUGGAGCUGCUCACGCAGAUGCUCUCCAGUCAUGGCUCGGCGGGUCCGACUGGCGCGGUACCAUCAGCCUCCGGGACGGGGCAUCACGCCGCCUCGGGCGGACCUGCUUCACGGCCCGGCAGCGCCAACGACCAGGCCAGCAGGUCGCGCAGCCCAGCGGCCCGACUGAAGACGAAGCCGCCAGCACAGCCGACACGCGAUGUCAAAAAGAUGGAAGACCAAGUUCGAGGACUCCGCGAAGAGCGAGACCAGCUACGACGCGAAUUGGAGUGCUUCAGACGGUCCAGAGACAGAAGCCAUUCUCCUCUGACAAGAUCGCAUUCUCUAACACGAGUCCAAGUGAGUCAAUUCACAUUUGGAGCCACCUUUUCAGCCAACUCUGCGUGGCAAGUCAUGUCACAAUAUAUCAUUGGGGCAUCAUUCGAAACCCAUGUUUUCAGCAUAUCCGCUACGAUGAUGCUUGAAAAGACGCGCAUUUGUGGGUCCUUGGCUUGCGAGCUGGCGUCUCUACUGCCUGGGCGAGUAAAGGUGGUCAGGGACGUGUACCUCAAAUUGGAUUCACAGAAAGAGUAUCGCGGGAGUCGGAUUUCACUGUCACAGAUCAUCGCGCCUCGGCAGUUUGUUCACUAUCCUCAAGGAAUGUGA